CACUCCGCCCAGCCUCCCACCCCCUCCCCACACUCCUUCCCGCUCACCGAGAGCCAGAGGGGGCAGCCAAAGCCGUGCCGCAAGCCCGCAACCACAAAGAUCUUGCCUGGCCUCCUUUUUCCCCCCAAGCUCGUCACUGUGCCGCUCGUGCCCUCCGCUCCCCCGGUCCGGUCCGCCACACCAAUAAUCCAUCCACCACCCCGCUGCUGCGGCGAUGUGCGGCGGCGCCAUCCUCUCGGGGUUCAUCCCGCCGUCCGGUGUGGCGGCUGCGGCGGCGGCCGCCAAGAAGAAACAGCAGCAGGGGCGGCGCGUGACGGCCGACCUGCUGUGGCCGGGGCCCGGCAAGAAGGGAGCGCUGCCCCAGGAGGAGGAGGACGACUUCGAGGCCGACUUCCGCGAGUUCGAGCGCGGCCUCAGCGAGGAUGACGACGUGGACGGCGCCGGCGAAGGCGGCGACGACGAGGUCCAGGAGCUUGCUCCGCCGGAGCCGGUGAGGUUUGCCUUCGCCGCCGCGGCUAAGGCGCCGCGCCCUGCAGUUGAUGGUGUGAUGACUCCAAAGGAUGUUCAAGGAGAUAGACCUACUGCUAACUCAGUAAAGCGCAACCGGAAGAAUCAGUACAGGGGAAUCCGCCAGCGCCCUUGGGGCAAAUGGGCAGCUGAAAUCAGAGACCCUAGCAAGGGCGUCCGUGUUUGGCUUGGAACUUACAACACUGCUGAGGAGGCAGCUAGGGCAUACGAUGCUGAAGCUCGCAAGAUCCGUGGAAAGAAAGCGAAGGUCAAUUUUCCUGAUGAAGUACCAGGUGCUCAGAAGUCAACUGCAAAGCCAACUGAUUCAAAUGCAACAAAGCUAGCUCCACCCCCAAAGGCCUGUGCUGAUGAGGUUUUCAGUAACCUGAACAAUGACAACAAUGAUUUGUUCGCAAUGUUUGCGUUCAAUGACAAUAAGGUUCCUGUGAAGCCAGCUGAGGUUGCCAGUUUCCUCCCUGCAGUGAAACCUCUGGUGCCCAGUAAGAGAUCUGCGACUAACAUGCUUUCUGACCAGAACAGCAACUCCUAUGGCUCUUCUGACUUUGGGUGGGACGAUGACACCAUGACCUCAGGCUACACCUUUGCUCCCAAUAAUGCUAUACCAGCAUCUUACAUGCAAGGUGGAGAGUCAAAGAGAAUGAGGAACAACUAUGGUGUAGCCAUGUUUCAGGGAAAUGGCGCCCCCAGUCUCGCACAAGUCAUGCCUGGUUUUGAUCCUGAGAUGAACUAUCAGCCAUUGCCUUAUGUUGAGAGCAGCUCAUCAGAUGCAUCAAUGGACAGCCUUCUACCACAGGAUGGGGCAAGCAAUGGGGAUAUCUGGAGCCUUGAUGAGCUGCUCAUGGCAGCUGGUGCUUAUUGAGAAGCUAUGGUUAUUAUCAGUGUGGCGUGUUAACAGCAAAAAAAUGGCUCCUACCUGUGGUGAUGCUGGAGGGGCAAGCCAGUUGAAUCCGCUACAUUUUGUCGCGGUAGUUAUAUAUGGUAGAUUACAUAUAUAUGCUUUUGCCAGUUGAACUCUAUGACCAUGUUUAUAGUAUGUUGCUGCGUGGUGCGUCUAUGAUUGGAAGCGAGUUUGAGACUGAUUCAAUAAUUUACCUUGCCUAUGCCUGCUGGACUGUAGUGUGCGUACUGCAUGUUAUGUGUAUAUAUAUAUAUGGUGUGCUUAUGUAUUGCAAUUCUUUGUCCGGAAGCACUCGACUUCGCUUUC